UCGUCCCUUAAUGAAAUGUUCUGCCUGGCAAAUAUCUGGGAUUGCAUUCCACUGCUUGAUGAAGCCGAUAUAUUCCUUUCUCGACGAGAAAAGACUGACCUUAAGAGACAUGCUCUCGUCACUCUGUUUCUUCGAGUUCUCGAAUAUUACAAUGGUAUCCUGUUUCUGACGACAGAUAGAGUCGGUACAUUAGAUGAGGCUUUCAAGUUACGCGUUCACUUGUCUCUAUGGUGA